AAGGAAGUGGAUUACACAUCAGUGCCGUUCACCAUUGCCACCUUCCAGUCAGUGAAAUAUGGUGAGGUUUGUCCAUAAAGAGCAACCUGAGAUCACUAUGGACUAUGUAAAUAUGCCUGAGGAGUCAGCCAGAAAGGAUGCCCUCAAGAGAUGUUCUGGUGAGGAUGGUGGAGUCACUGCUGCAGCGCCUGAGAAAAAACUCUACCGACUGGUUGCUGUGAGCUUUGGACUCCUGUGUGUCCUACAAGCUGCUCUCAAUAUUUCCCUGCGUCUCGCUCUCUACAGCUCUCAGAGUAAGACACCAGAGGCCUGCAAAAACCUGAUUGAAGAGACUGACAAGCUGAAGGAGAAACUGAUUAACUUUAAUCACCUUUUUCAACAAGGGUGGGUCUAUUUCCAUCCCAGUUUCUAUUACAUUUCUUCUACCAAGAAAUCCUGGAACGACAGCAGAGAAGACUGUCUGCAAAGAGGUGCAGACCUGAUUGUAAUCAACAGCAAAGAAGAACAGGACUUCACAAGAAAAUUCAACAAGGUCAUGUGGAUUGGACUGACAGACAGAGAAACCAAAGGGAUGUGGAUAUGGGUGGAUGGCACUCCACUGGACAAAAGCUACUGGGGUUGGUUUGAGCCAAAUAAUCGUGGAAAUGAAGACUGCGCAGAAUCAAAGAACAGCUGGAAUGAUGAAUCAUGCAACUCUAAAAGAUACUGGAUCUGUGAGAGUAAAUGGGCUUAUUAACUCUGCAUCCGAUCCCACAAGACAAAG